UUUAAAUCAUAAUUUAUCAACCUUCGCUGAAGGAUGUUGGAGCAUGCAAUCAGAAUGAAAGAGCGAGUUGGAUCAGCGAACAAGCUUCGGAAUUAUGAUACGGACGGCUACAUAAAGCGGGCCGGCUGCAUAUGCUUCAGAACAAACCAUGCAAAGGAAGUUCUGUUGGUAACAAGCAACAGGUAUCCAGAUAAGUGGAUAGUGCCAGCGGGAGGAGUAGAAGCUGGAGAAAGAUUCCAAGAUGCAGCUGUUCGAGAGGUUUUUGAGGAAGCUGGAGUGCGUGGAAAUAUUAUGCAUUGUCUUGGAGUGUUUCAGAAUGAAACAAGCAAGACAAGAACAAAGAUGUAUGUUCUGCAUGUAACAGAAGAGUGUGAUUACUGGGAUGACGCCGCAAAAGGGCGAAGGAGAGGUUGGUUUUCAAUACGCAAGGCAUGGGAACUACUCUCUCACAGACCUUGUCAACAGUUGUACCUGCGUGAUGUUAUGAAGAUCGAUGAACAAAAUCAGUGGCUCUAUGACUCACCGAUCCGGUUCUCUACGCCACUCGUCAUUAACGAAUCACGAAACAACCAAUCAAACGCUGAAGUUUCGCCGUAGCAUGUAAAGUAAAAACCUUUAAAAAUACUCUUUUGGUAAUGAUCAUCACUGUCCUAGGCGUGACAAGAGUUAUUUGGAAUCAAUCACUGGACUGGAUGUAAUUUAGUCGCGAACGGUUGCAAAAGAAUUGUGAAUACUUUCAUCAUUCAGUGAGGAUCGCUGGGAGGUCUUACACUAAUUUGGGUGUGAUUUUACUCACAAGCGGUCGAGAAAUUAUUGUAUAUAGUUUGUUUCAUCAAUACUCUGAACAGAUCCUAAAUUACUCUGAAUCAAUCAUAAAUUAUUGUCGGGUAUAACGAUUGAAGGCAAAGGCGGAAGAAUUUUGUGCAUAAGCCGUUACAUUCCUUAAUAAACUUUAGGAAUCUUCACUUUG